AUGAAUCAUCCAUUAUCUGAUAUUAAUGAAAUAAAUUCGUUGGAGAAUUUUAUUGAUACAAAAUUUAUUAAAUAUUCUGGUAUAGGUAAUGCUAACACUCGGUUACUACAAACAACGAAUCAAUUUAAGCAUUAUAGAUUACGUCGUCUUGAACAAGUUCAAGCUAAACCAUUUUUAUUAAUUGAUGAAGCUUAUUUGUGGUACGUUGAACAUAUUGAUUUAAUCAUCAGUUUUGAAUUAUUUAGUAAAUUAUUUCUUCAACAAUACUCAUCUACAUCAUCAACAAAACAAAAUAAUACAUCUGUAGAGAUGGUUACUCCGUCAAUUACUGCUCCAAGUUUUUUAUCUAUAUCACAUCUACAGCAAACGAUCGCUGAUGAAAUUAUUAAAAAACCAACAUAUUCAUGA